ACGUCCUUACCAGUCACCCCUUGCCGCACUUCGAAACACGAGGCUUCACUUCUAGGCUUCACCCACACUGUUCCACCCUUCUCCGGCCACCGGCAAGGCGGCAACGGUUGUCUACGGCUAAUAUUCUGAGCAGUGUGAACUGUGAAAUUAUGAAGAUCAGAAGCUAUGCUGGCAUUACAAAACCUAGUUUUUUGCUCGUACAUUCAGAAUUACCUGCUCUUACCUUCCAUAAACCCAAAUUAACUUGGACAUCAACUCUUAGAAUCCCAAGAAACUAUGAGAGGAAUUUUGGAUUGAUUACAAGGGUUCAGUGCUCCGUUGCUGAUAGAACCUUUGCGUCUACAUCUGUGAGUUCAUCUGCAUCAAAGCCAAAAAGUGUUCGUUUGGGUCGGAAACAAGGCGAUUCCUCGUCCUUGUAUAGUCGCCCUAGUUUGUUGGAGAUGAAGAAAGAGAGGAUAGCAAAUCGUGCCAAGGUUUAUGAGUUUCUGAGGGGACUUGGUAUAAUUCCUGAUGAGCUAGAUGGGCUAGAACUUCCUGUCACAGUUGAGGUUAUGCAGGAACGUAUAGAUUUUCUUCAUAAACUGGGGCUUACUAUUGAAGACAUCAACAAUUAUCCACUUGUUCUUGGUUGUAGCGUGAAAAAGAACAUGAUUCCUGUGCUUGACUAUUUGGGGAAAUUGGGUGUUAGAAAAUCCACCUUCACAGAGUUUUUGAGAAGAUAUCCACAAGUUCUCCAUGCAAGUGUUGUUGUUGACCUUGCCCCAGUAGUAAAGUAUCUUCAAGGGUUGGAUAUCAAGCCUAAUGAUAUUCCUCGGGUCCUUGAGAGAUAUCCAGAAGUCCUGGGAUUCAAGCUCGAGGGAACCAUGAGCACAUCGGUGGCUUAUUUAGUUGGCAUUGGGGUGUCAAGAAGGGAAGUUGGAGGGGUCUUAACUAGAUACCCUGAAAUUCUGGGGAUGCGAGUAGGCCGUGUGAUCAAGCCAUUUGUGGAGUAUCUUCAAGGCUUGGGUAUUCCAAGGUUAGCUGUAGCUAGAUUGAUAGAGAAGAGGCCUCACAUCCUUGGGUUUGGAUUGGAGGAGAGGGUCAAACCAAAUGUUGAAUCCCUUCUUGAGUUCAAUGUUAGAAAAGCAUCACUUCCAUCUAUAAUAGCACAGUAUCCUGAAAUUCUAGGAAUUGAUCUUAUACCAAAGCUUCUUGGUCAAAGGAGUUUGCUUCAAUCAAUUACUGAUUUGGGUCCUGAGGAUUUUGGGACCGUUGUGGAGAAAAUGCCUCAGGUUGUGAGCCUCAGUAAUACUUCUAUGGUGAAGCAUGUGGAUUUCCUAAAGGAUUGUGGUAUUUCCUUGCAACAAGUGAGGGACAUGGUUGUGGGAUGUCCCCAAGUGCUUGCUUUGAAUCUUGACAUCAUGAAACUUAGCUUUGAUUACUUUCAAAUGGAAAUGCAGAGGCCAAUUGAUGAUUUGGUUGCUUUCCCCGCAUUAUUUACUUAUAGUCUUGAGUCUACUAUAAAGCCUAGACACAAGAUUAUUGCAAAGAGGGGUUUUAAAUGUUCUCUUUCGUGGCUUCUUAACUGCUCUGAUGAGAAAUUUAAGGAACGGAUGAACUAUGACACCAUUGAGAUGGAGGAGAUGGAAAUGAUGCCUUCUUUUGACAUGAAUUCACUGAUGGAACCAAGAAGCGAUGAGUCUGAUUCUGAGUAUGAGGAUAGUGAUGAUGAGUACGUAUAAAACAGUUAGUCAGGUUCAGAUACAGUUCCACAGUAGAAAUUCUUGGUUUUCUCAAAUCAGAUCAUUAUGUGGAGAAGGUGGAUGCAAUAUUUAAAAGCCAUACCUAGGCGGAGACUGAUGUUCCUUCUAAUAUAGUGCACUAUGGAGUUUGGCAUGUGGUUGUUGAUGGAUACAGAUACCUAGAGUAGACACCAUAAAUAUCAAUGCAUCAUGUUUCGAUUCUCCAGUGUGUUUCCAAUUAUUCUUUUCUUUUUCGGUUGUGAUUUUUACCACAUAAUAAGGUGCUUGUUUAGAUGUCAGCUUCUGUAUUCUAAUACGAGACAUCUUGUAACUACUGACUCAAAUUCUGACAAAAAUUUGUGUAGCAUAUAUGACAUUCAUUUCAUCCUUUUCUUUU